UUCACUGACUCCAUCUGAAUUGCUCUUGAAAUGUCAUACUACUUCUUACUGUUCUCAGAUGUGUAUUUUCAAUUCCUCACUUGGCUGCAAGAACCAUUAAGUACUAAUUUUUGUGGCACAGUGUUCCUUCUUUAAUCCCUGUGAAUUUGUAACAGGCAUAUGAUGAAUACAUUUUAGAAGUGGCCUUUUUCUUAACAGAAAAACAAAAGACUUUUGCAUAAGCUUAGUAUAAGUUAGGAUGGUUGUGUACAAGGACUGUUGAAGAGCAGGGCAAGACGUAUGUUUUAUGAAAAAUAGGGAGAACAUGAGGUCUAUUCUGUAACACCAUGAAUGGUUAGUAGUGCAAGCUCAGAAGAAAUCACCCUCUGGAUGCUGAUGCCGGCUUUUCUAUGGAAGUGUGUCAGAGCCACAUGAUGAAGUUGAAUGGAUCUACCUGAGAAAAUGUUCCAAAUCCUUACAAUACUGUUGCUGGAAACACAGCUCUCCAUGAUUUCAGCUUUAUUUACAGUAGAAGUUCCUCAACAGCUCUACACUGCAGAAUAUGGGAGCAACGUGACCAUGGAAUGCAGAUUCCCUGUGAAUGGCUCAGUGGAUCUAGGACUCCUGACUGUUGUUUGGGAGCAGAAAAGGCAGGGCUUGUUGAAGUCAAAAGAGGUGUACAUAUUCCGCAAUGGGAAGGCACUCCAUCCAUCUCAACACCCUGAUUACAAAGGAAGAGCAUCACUUCUGCACAGUGAACUGAAGUUGGGAAGAGCCAUCAUCCAGAUCACCAAUGUUAAGAUCACAGAUGCAGGAUCAUACCUUUGUCUCAUUGACUACCAGGGCGUGGACUACAAGUACAUUGCUUUGGAAGUAAGAGCACCUUACAAGAGAAUAAAUACUCAAGUAAUGAGAAUACCAGGUGAAGACAAGUUUGUUUUUAUGUGCCAGUCAGAAGGCUUUCCUCUGGCAGAGGUUUUCUGGCAAAAUGAGAACUUCAAUCUCAGUGGAUCUGCAAAUACCACCUAUACACUGACUGCAGAUGGCCUCUACAAUGUCACCAGCAUCCUGGCAUUCAAACCAAAUAUGAGUGAGAACUACACGUGUGUCUUCUGGAAUAAAGAACUGAAUGGAGUAACUUCAGCUCACUUUUCUACUUUAGCUUUAAUGAGUACACAGUAUAGUGGACAAAAAUUCCUGAUCUCUUUAAUCAUCCUCACAUGUGUGACUGUAGCUGUCCUUCUCUCUGCACUAAUAAUAUUUCAGAAGAAAAAAUCAUUCAAGAAUAAGCAACCCAAAAAAGACAGGAAAAGAAAACUGAACCCUAAUGCAAAGGAUGAGAACAGUGAUGAUUUUAACUCUCAGACUGAGGCUUUAUACUUGUCAACUGCCACAGCUUCAAGAGACAGUGGGGAUGUGGGUCUGUGAAAUUCUUCAUCUACAUGCCAGAAUUUGCACUUUUUCCAUCAGUUUUUGAGGACUUCAAAAGAAAAUUACAGCACUUUAGCCUUAAGAUAAAGAGUGAACUCAUGGGGAUGUAAUUACAUUGCAGCGAUGGAAAGCUAUGCCUCCUCAGAUACCAUAUCUUCUUGAAGUUACUGAGAGCUAUGCUGUCACAAAAUGUGGUUUACCACUGUGGAGAGGUCAGCUGAGUGCCUUUGAUACACUUUACUUUUGGACUUACUGUUGCUCAAGGGAUUUUUGUUUAAGAAUGCCUUUAUCAACUGUUCCAGUCUCAGGGAUGGUGCUUGGAGUCAAAAAUCUUGUGAAAUUUGAAUAAAAGCUAUCUUAUGUCAA